AUGGUGUGGUUCCACAAGUUUGACGAGACGUUUACGACAAAAAUCAGGAGGUCGCUAGGAAUUCAAGAUACUGAUGCUGAGAGGGGCAGUCGCGUUUUUGCAUGGUGGCAAGUUGUCCUAUGUCAUUAUACCCUCUGGAAGCACGACGUCCAUCACCGCGACAUAAGUCCUAACAAUCUCAUGGUCUACUGGUUGAACGGCCAAUGGAUCGGGGUCCUCAACGAUUACGACUUAUCAUCGAUCAAACGUGAUGGGCCCAGAGGGAAGCAGGUCACAGGAACAGUUCCAUUCAUGGUAGUUGACCUGCUCUCCCAACCUGUCCUCGAAGGCAAAGCCACACACCUGUACCGGCACGAUGCUGAAUCGUUAGUGUACCAAGGAGGCAAGUUGUUGAGUAAUGGCAGACUGCUCAAUGACUGGCACAAAUUGGAUGCUCCUGGAUGCUGGAAGGAAAACCAGCCUUUCUGGGCCACAUUCGGCACGGGAAGGCCGAGGACAGCGACAUAAAACCUCCGUUGUCACAUCACUCUAACUGGAGAAUAGCGGGAGCUUGCCUGGACAUAAUCCAUUAUACUCCCGUGGCCAAAAUGGACGAAUUAAAUGGGCCUAUUCUUCGGAAAUGGCUCCUGGAUAACGUGGAGUCU